GCCUAACAGGUUAGGCAAUGAUGACAUGUGACAAAUAGAGGUUGUCACAUAUCAAAAUAUGACAUAACCUCAAAUAACUUUGUUUUUGUUUACAUUCCGUUUUUUUUAAACAUAAAAUGAAAAAUGUUCUCGUAUUUAUCCCGAAAACCUUCUUACCAUACAAAUCUGGGUUUCUCGAAGGAUUUUAUAAAGAUUAUGAUGACACCGAGACUUAUUAUAUAACCAAUACCGAAAUCAGUGACCAAUGUGGGAACUAUAUUGGUUACACGGGACAAAUCCUAACUAAAGAAUUUCUUAAUAAAAACACAAUUUUUAUUAAAAAUACCACCAACGAAAUUAUCGUAAAUAGUGCGGACAACACUGAACUGCUGAAUGUUACAGAAGUGUUGUAUGACUAUGAAGGUUUUCGAAAGAGCAGUGUGUUGCAGUCUGUGGACUCCAAUUAUGGAGUACAUAUUGAAGAAUUAACUAAAAAGAUAGACCAAAGUAAAACUGAAACUAGUAUGAAUGGCCGUAAAUUACACAUAAUACAUUGGCUAAUGGUUUUUGUUAAUUUAGUUGUUAAUGUAUUUUCAAAAACUAAACCUGUGAUAAAAAAUUGCACAAUUCUAACCCAUUUUGAGUCAAACUUCGUUAUAUUAAAGUGGGUGCUUUGCACAAUAGAUAGAAAUGAAAAAACUAAAUUAAGCAAUUUCACUGUAGCAAAACUGUUGGACUUCAUUUUAGGCCUGAUAUUUUUUAUGAUAUGCAUCAGACACAAAAGUACUAUAGUCUCACACCUUCAACACACAUCACAGGAAUUUGUAACAUUACUGCAUCACCUAUUGAUCUACUUAAUGGGAUCCCCAAUUGGCCUAAAACUCAACUACUCCUUUAAUCAUUCAUUAGGGAAAUUCUUUUUUUACCACAUAAACUUGUGGAAAGUGUUUUUACAGGUGAUGCAACCUAUUUUGGAGAACUAUUUUCAACUGAUAUUGGCCCCUGCCUUACUUGGACUCUCUUACCUUAUUGCCUUGUUAUGUGACAUCAUUUCAUUAGCAACAUUUCAUGUUUAUUGUAUAUAUGUUUAUGCUGCAAGGUUAUUCUCUUUGCAAGUAAGGUGUCUUACAUCGCUGUGGAGGCUAUUUAUUGGCCGCAAGGCAAAUCCCUUAAGGAACCGGGUUGACUCAUGCGAAUAUUCUUCUAAUCAGUUAUUUAUUGGCACUUUAGGGUUUACUAUGUUGUUGUUUUUGUUGCCUACGUCCACCAUGUAUUAUACAGUCUUUGCAGUUUUUAGGGUGGCUACAUUGGGGAUGCAUACUUUACUAUAUAAAAUUAAAGAUGUGGUUAAUAGUGUGCCAUUAUACUUGGCAGUGCUAUGGAUAACCAAAUCUCCUAGUGUUGCUGGUGCACUGCAAAUUGAGUGGAUUGGCUUAAAUAAUGAAAAUUCUCAGAUCAAUCUUAGACUUGCCCCACUGCCCUUGAAUGAGUGUAUUGAAACUUUUGCUAAAUGCCCAAAUCAAAUUAAAGGGGAGAGGAUGGGCUUUGGAAAAGUAAUUUCCAGGUUGUUUACUGGACAAUUAGUGUAAAUCCCUAAGUUAUCCAUAAAUUAUGUUUGUAUUCUUCAAAGAUUGAUUUUGUCCCUAAAAUGUAGUUCUAGGGCCUAUGUUGAGUGGUUUAAUUGAGGAUGUAACAAUCAAACUGUGUUUUGUCACACUAAUCAGAAUUUUGGUAAAAGCGGGAAAACGUUUUAUUUACCUAAAUCGUAUCAGUAGCAAAUAGUUUAUUGUCUUAAUACAUUCUACACUGCAUUAUUAAGUUAUAUUUAAAGAACUGCUAAUAAUUUUUUAAAUAAAGUAGUUGAAAAGGCUAAUUAAAAAAUGGACAAAUCGGUUUUUGAAUGAACUAAAUGGACAAAAUUUGUUUUGAAUGCUAUACAGUUUAUUUGUAAUAAAAAUAGGAUAAUGUAUUAGUUAAAUGAGAAACGUAAAAAAAAGUUAAAUUUUUGCUACCACAUCCUUUUUCAAGCAAUCACAGAUUAUCUCAUCUUCAUCCACACUUGCUGAAGGAGUGUUAAAAAGGAUUUUUUUUAUACCAGUUAAACUGCUCAUCACCCAGAUUUGUCCAAUCUCCAUACAUUGCCUUUAAAAGAUUGUUGACGUCUUUCUUUUUGUCCUCACUAAUUGCAUGAUUAAGCGGAAGUUCCUUAAGCUUCAUACGUCUUAUUUUACCAGUAUUGAUUCCUCUUUUUACCAGUGAUUGAAACUCUUUAUUUUCAGACUCAAAACGAAAGUUCUGCAGUCCUCUAACCACUACAUUAAAGCCUUUCUUGGUUCCUUUUCGCUGAAUUUGAAUUCUUUUCUUAUCACUGAUCAUUGGCAAAUCCUUAUAGUACAUGCUUAAUGACUGUAUUUAACAACUUCCAGUCUUUUCCAGUAACCUUUACAACUCCAACUUUACGGAAGAUCUCGUGAUAGUCUUCUUUGGUUAGAAUAGUGGUCUUUUUCUUUAGUUGCAAUUCUAUUUGCCCAAAGACUAUCUGGUGGAAUAAAGCUGUGUCCACGAACUGGAUAAAAGCACUCUAUAUCAUCAAGAGUUUCGUUUUGCCCCAAAAAUAACAUUAAUGUACGUAAAACAAUAUUAUUUUUAUUUUGACCCACGCACCCGUCGCUAAAUAAUCUAAGCUUUCUUUUGCCAUUGAAGCCUUUAUUUUGCAAGUAGUCAUACAAUGCUGAAGAAAUUUCUGCACUCCCUUUGGCUGCUUCUUCUUCCGUCCAUGUAUAUAAGUGGACGUCCUUAGAUUGUAGGUCUACAAUGCAAAAAUUGUAAAGUCGAAUUUGCCGCGAAUAAAAGGCUUCCUGUAUUGCAGUCUUUGGAAGAGGCUGAAUUUGCUGCAAAUCAAAACAAAGACUAAUAGCGUCAGGUACGUUUCGUGAUAGAUGUUCCCUAAAAGCUUUUGCUUUAAGCUUGUGGACUCUUUUCAAUCAUAUAUUUGCUUUUCUCAGCUGCAAGAUUAUUGCGAGCUGCAUUUUUAAUUUUAAAACUCAAAAGUGAACAAUAACUGCAAAUGUCUUAAGCAGGAGACUUAAACCCUAUAUUAAAGUUAUUCGCAAACACUCUACGGAACAUAGAUUCAUGCACUUUUAAAUUAUCGGGGACACUACUAUUAUAAAUAGCAUGCAGUUUUUUAAUACUACUUAGCUGACAACUGAGAUAGAUGCGUUUUGAUUUUUGACGGCUGUCGUGGCUUUCAGUUCCUUUUAAUUUUACAAUAAAAUUUCGUACAUUGUCUCUUUUUCACAGGCUUUUAUGGCUUUUGCGGUUACCACCACGCUUAUCUUCGAUUGCACUUCCUCUGUGAAGUUUCUCAGCAAUAUUUUUUACUUUUGUUCUCCCUAUUUUAGUAAUACUUAAGAACAAUUUUUGGCAAAUGGAGAUAGUAAUGGUACUAGUUUUUACAAAAUAUAAUUCUUAUUUUGGUCAGCUGGUCUAGGUCGGCGUCUCUUAACUGGCACCGUGCGUAGAAGCGAAGCCACUAUAGUGUCUUGUCGUCGUUUCUCUGGAACAGAGUAAAGUCUUUCUCGAACUUCCUUUACAAUUUGUGGAUUCACAUUGCGACAAGAUAUUUUUACUUUUUUUUUGAGUUCUCACUCCUCCGGUCGCCGUCCGGUCUUCCUGAACUUGCCUCACCAAUGAUAACAUCUGCCCCAUCAUUGUCCUCUUCAUAAAACAUUAGAAUUUCACUUUGAUUUGCUUGUACUCUGUAAUAUAAAAUUUUUAUUUGUAAUACAAAAAAUACCUAAAAAUUGCAGGCACCGUACUAAUACAAAAUGGUUACGUAUAAUAACAUAACAGAUUCAAAAUCCUAAGCAUUACACAGUAGGCGUUAGAAGGGACCCUUUUCUACCCCUCAAGUUACUAAAGAGCAUUCUUUGCUACACGGAUUUUUUUAAAUUGGCCACUUUUUAAAUUUUAAUUUGAAUAAUGACAAAAGUCAAUUUUAUCUUUUAUAAAACAGUGCAUUACAUAUAAAAAAAUUAGAGACUGUACCAAUAACCUUUUUUGUAAUUUAGCUCUAAAUGCUCACUUUUAUGAUUUUCCAAAAAAAAAAAUCUAAAAGUACCCGUAAAAAAAUGCAUAUCGCAAAUAAUGCCUUUUAGGGGCUUGGGAGAUAGAAAAGGCUCCCUUCUCUAUGCUGCUUAAAUUUGCCAAAUGAUUAUGGUGUUUGCACCAAACA